AUGGCCUCCACAUCACGGCUACCGCCAUUACCGGCACUCAGAGACUUUAUCCACAUGUAUCAGUUAAGGGCGACCAAGGUUUUAUCGCAAAAUUACAUUAUGGACAUGAAUAUCAACAGAAAAGUAGGUAAAAACGAUUUUUUUGGUCGUAUUUUAGGCUGAUUUUUGGAAUAAUGAAGGAUAUUAGAGUGAAAUUUGAUAAUCUUCAGAUUGUCCGCCAGUCCGGCCUCCGACCCAACGGCUAUGCGCUGGAAAUUGGCCCCGGUCCGGGUGGAAUUACGCGAGCGAUUUUGGAGAAAAAUCCCAAAAGAUUUGAUGUGGUCGAGAUUGAUAGGCAAUUUGAAGAACCGUUGGAGGUAAUUUUUUUGCUUUUUUGUUUUUUUGAAAAUGAUCUUACGCGAGCCGGGAUUCGAACCCGCGACUGUUUGAGUGAAGUCCGGAAUUUUUACCCACUAGACUAUAGAGGUACACUGGACUAAAAUACGCAAAAAAUAGUGUGAAAGGGAAUAUUGAAGUUUGUGGUGGAAUAUUUUGAAUUUGAAAGGUGGUUUAGAGGGUUAAAAAUGGGAUUUUUCAGAGGUUUUUGGCGGAAAUUAGAGAUUUUUGGGGAUUUUUACGAAUUUUUUGGGAUUUUUAAGGAAGUAAUAGGUUGGAAAGUGUUAGGUGGACCUAGAGGGGGCUUAUUUUUUGUUUUGCUCCAGGCAUUUAAUGAUUUUUUAUGAAAAAAUUAAAAAUUUUUGAAAAUUUUUCACAAUUUUUUGAUUUUUCCCAAAAUUUUCCAAAUUUUAAGGUCCUGCGAGAAGCCUCCAACGACACCCUCCACAUUCACAUUCAAGACGCCCUGAAAACGGACCUCGGCGACAUCAUGGACUCGGCCAAUCUCGAGCCGAACCCAUGGUGGGACCAGCCCCCAAACUACCAUGUAAUCGGCAACCUGCCCUUCAACAUUGCCUCCCCAUUGAUCAUCAAGCUCUUGCGGGAAAUGACAUGGCGUCGGGGACCAUGGAAAUAUGGCCGCGUCCCUCUGACACUGACUUUUCAGCUUGAGGUGGCCAAAAGAAUUUGCGCACCGGUGGAUUGCGAUGAACGAACCAGGAUCAGCAUUGUGUCACAGUUUGUAUCAGAACCAAAAUUAACGUUUGUCAUACCGGGGAGGUGCUUCGUACCGAAGCCACAGGUAAAAUCGGAUUUUUUGGGAUUUUUAAUUUUUUUAGGGAUUUUUGGGAAAUUUAGCGGGUUUAAGGUGAUUUUUUUGCUUCUAUAACUGAUGUUGAAGAUACACAGGGCCUUUUAUAGUGUUUUGAAAGGGAUUUCGGGUUUUUUUUGCUGAUUUUUGCUGAUUUUUGAAGAAUUUCCCAGUUUUUGAGGGAUUUUGGUUGAUUUCAGCGGAAAAUUUAUAAAAUUCCCCGCAAUUUGACCCCCUCAGAGCCCUUAGGGCCCAAAGAUUUCAAUUUUCCAACUUUUGGCUAAGUGUGUCUCUGUGGCUUAGUGGGUAAAAAUUUUGGUUGUCAGUUGAAAGGUCGCGGGUUCGAAUCCCAGUACCUACAAAUUUUUGUAAAAUGGAAAUGAGAUGAUAAAAUAGCUCGAAAGGGUUUAGGAUUAGUUUAUGAAAUGUAAAAUAUAUAGAAUAUUUGGAUUCUUUUGCCAUAAUUUUUGCAUUUUUUCAAAAUUUUUGGCGUUUUUGAGAUUUUUUACAGAUUUUUUGAAUACAAAGUCAUAAUUUGCCCUGUUACUUGCAGGUUGAUGUCGGAGUGGUCACCUUCAUCCCUCGAGAAGAGCCUUUAAUCGACACGUCAUUCGAGGUUGUGGAAAAAGUUGCUCGGCAUGUGUUCCAUUACCGCCAAAAAUACGUGAUUCAGCCCAUAAAAACGCUGUAUCCAAAAGAAAUGGCCGACGAUAUGGCGAAUGAUAUGCUCAAACAUUGCCGCAUCAACCCGAAAUGGAAGCCGUAUUACCUUGGACUACCGGAUUUUGCGGAUUUGUGCACGUUUUACGAAAAACAGUGUCGAGAGUAAGUUGAUUUUGACUAUUUUUUGAAUAGGAUGUUGUAGUGUGACCUACAGUUUGGCUUAGAAUCGAUUUUUGGAGGUUUUGGGCAAGUGUACCUCUGUGGUGUAGUGGUAGUGGGUUAGGAGUAGAGGGUCGUGGGUUCGAUCCCGGCUGGAGGAAAGGUGAAAAUUUUUGGUUUUUAAAGAUUUUAUGGGGUUUAUUGGAAUGAGUGGUGUUUAUCUAUGUUGGUUUAGACCUCCUUUGUAUUGUUUUAUCAUCAAAAUUUACAAGUUUUGUAUUUUUUUUGCAAUCUCAGAACUUGAUUUUGAUGUUUUUUGCUGAGGAUACUGUAGUUUCAAGAAUUUGGAUUAGAAUUGAUUUUUGGAGAUUUUUUGAAAGUGUACCUCUGUGGUGUAGUGGUAGUGGGUUAGGAGUUUAGGUCGCGGGUUCGAUCCCGGCUGGAGGAAAAGUGAAAAUUUUGCGAUUUUAAAACUUUUUAAUGGUUUUUAAGGUCGAGUGGUGUGUAUGUAUGUUGGUUCAGACCUCCAUUAUAUUGUCUUACCAUCAAAAUUUACAAAAAAAUUUUUUUUUCGAUUUUUUAAAAUUUUUACAAUUUCAGAACCCCCGGAUUGUUUGCAUAUAACUACUUUGGGCAGGGCCACAGAACAUUGGCGGAGCUCUCCACAGGACCGAACGCUUUCCCCCCAGUUUUUGAGAUUUUAAAGGAAAAACAACCCAAUUUCAAGGAGGGAAUCUCAUUGGCCCAAGCAAAUCGACGAACAAAUUAG